AUGUUCGUUUACACCCAACGACCCAUCACUCGACUGCAACCGGCCGGAUGGAAACACAUCAAUGACAGCAACACCAGUCGAGGCCUUAUGGACAAGACAGAGUUUGUCGCACAGUAUCCACUGUCGGCAUGCAUGGGCUUUUUCGAACGGUUCCGACGUGUCCUGAUCAAUUGUACACAAACGCUUGUGCUCAUCCGAUCUAGCCGGGACAUUGGGACAAUAGAGUUGAUACAGCCGGCGGAAAGUGACAAAAAGGAUGUGAUUGCAACAGCAAACGUGUCACUGCUCAAACAGACUUCGGUGAAAAUUACUAAAAUCAAAUGGAUCGUGAAGUACUUUGAACCAAAUGUGAAGACUGAAUUGGGACUCAUGCGCAUUCUUGACGGGAAGCGGUGGUUGCCUUUGGAAUAUCAACACUGGGACAUUGCUGUGUAUCCUAUGGUUCCUCAAACCACUCAUCACACAUGGUCGGUACGGACAUUUUCAAACGUUGAGAAACCACGGUAUUUGCUCAUUGCGUUGGGCAAAGAACAUUCCAUAAUGUCCAAAUCGGACUUUCAACACUGUACACUGCGCAACGUCAAAGCAUACUUAAACUCCGACGAGUACCCGUACGAGAACUACAAUACAGAUUUCGAUGCGGGCAAGUACACAUCAAUGUACAAUGCGUACGUUCGUUUUCAAUCUAUGUACUAUGGACGUACCAAUCCACAAGCUUUACUGGACCGUGUCCACUACAAGGAACUCGGACCGAUUGUCGUCAUUAAUUGUUCAAAACAAAACGAUACUGCCAAGACAUCAACGGUGGACCUACGUCUUGAUUUUGAAUGUGCCAAUUCCUUUCCACAAAACAUAUCAUUGUACUGUGUGAUUAUUCACGAUUGUCAGAUGGAAUACAAUGGAUUUAGUGGAGAGGUUCGAAAGUUGUAA